UUAAGUUAUGUCACAAAUUGUUUGUUUAUUGUUAUUGAACUGGUGUUCCUUACUGAUUAUCAAAAUAUUAGCUAAAUAUUACCAAAAAAGAAUAAUUUAAUAUAAUAAGAGGGCACAAUGGUUGGACAUUUAAUGCUAUUGAAAAUGUUACAUUGCAAAAUGCAUAAAAAGAAGCGAGCUUUAGGUAAUGGGAAUAUAACCGAACACAAAGACCCACCUGAAUCUGAAAAGUCAAUCAUUAAAAAAGAAAUCAACGACUUUGAUGAGUUGGAACCGACCUGCAGAGUAUGUUUAAAACCAGGCAAUAUAUUAAUAUUUGGUAAUGCUGAUUCGAAUGAUAUUUCUGAAGCAUUAUCGACAUUUGGCGGCAUAGAAGUGAGUAUUAAUGAUAAAUGUCCCAAAUUUCUUUGUCACUCAUGUCAUAAUCUGCUCCAAGGCGCUAUAUUACUGAGAAAAACAGCCCAAAAAUCUGAUGAACUAUUAAAGCAGCCCAUUGAUAAUUCAGAUGUUGCAGAAACCUUGCUACAUACAAAUGAUAGCUACAAUGAUUUUGAAAUUGAAAAUGCGUUAAAAAGCCACGAGAAUUACCACUGUAAAAAAUGUGAUUUAAAUUUUGAUACAUUUGAACAGUUGAGUGAACACAGAUUGUCCGAAGAACAUGAGAAUAUGAGACAAACAUGUUCAAUUUGUAACAGAUCAUAUGCAACAUUAUAUUUUAAAAGACACAUGUCGUUACACAAUUUAGAAACUCCCUAUAUGUGUGAUAUUUGUGGGAAGAAAUUUGUUAUUCAAGGACAAUUUAAUCGGCACAGAAUGACACAUUUCCAUAACCUACCAUUCAAAUGUGGAUUAUGUCCCUACAGAGGUAGAUUUAGGGAGUCCCUAAAAAUGCAUAUGAGGUCUCACACCGGCGAGAAGCCAUACCAAUGUUCAGAAUGCUCGUCUCGGUUUGUCAAUAAGAGCAAUCUGAAUAAACAUAUGUUGACUCACAAAGGCGACCAUGACUUCAAGUGUGAGGCGUGCGGACGAGGGUUUUAUACCAAACGAGAUCUCGACUUGCACUUCAAAGUUGAUCAUACAGGUAUCAAGGAUCAUUUGUGUAAUGUGUGCGGAAAAGCUUUCGGUUACAGAAAACAAAUGAUGAAACAUCAAUUGAAAGUGCAUAAGAGAGAAAAACUUAGGAGUGGCAGAAUGCCCUUGUACUUGCAAUUUGAAACCAAUAAAGAAGUUUAAAUGAUAGUAAUCAAGUCUACCUUAAAUCUCUACUGUUAUAGACUGCAAGAUAUUUACAUAAUACAAUCAUAAUGUGCUUUUUAUUAAAAAGAUUCUUUUAUAUAUAUUGUAUAAUUUUGUUAUUUUUAUUUUAUAAAACCGGUACUUUGACUGUUUUUAAAAGUUUUCCUGAAUUAAAUUCAAAACAAUUUUUAUUGAAUAUCUUAUUUUUUUAGUGAUUCAUAUUUUUUGUAUGAUUUUUUUAAACAACCAAUUAAAAACUAAAAACUAGUUUUACGUCUCUAUGAUCUCAAAUACAAUUUUCCCAUAAAAAAAAUGAUUAUGAACUAAAACCUCAUUGCUAACUUAACCUAUAACAACAAACUAUGAAGCGACAUAUUUAAAAAAAAAACAACUGUCAUUUACAACAAAUUUUAAGUCAUGGCUAAUGAGGCUGAGGAAACUGUCCGUAAAC